GGAUUUGGGAAGCAUAUGCCCUCAUCUCUAAGUGACCAUGCCGUGAUCCUGCGCCUGGGCCGUAACCCGCUUAACGUCAACAGAAGAAUUUCGGGGAAUCUAACGAUACGAGGAAUGAACACUGUGCAUUAUACAAACACCAUGAAGAUUACCUCCCCAUUGAUAACUAAUGUGAGCUUCAGGUGCACCGUUAGGUUUUCUCUGCUGCUAUUACUAUGUGUGGGAUAUUCUCGGGGGAUGCCGCAUGUUUUAAGAUUUGGUGGAAUCUUUGAAUCUAUCGAAAGUGGCCCAUCAGGAGCAGAAGAACUGGCCUUCAAAUUUGCUUUAAACACAAUCAACAGAAACAGAACUCUACUGCCAAACACAACUCUGACAUACGACAUCCAAAGGAUUAACAUUUAUGACAGUUUUGAAGCUUCAAGAAAAGCCUGUGACCAGCUGUCCCUGGGGGUGGCAGCCAUCUUUGGUCCCUCCCACAGCUCCUCGGCCAAUGCUGUCCAAUCCAUCUGCAACGCGCUGGGCGUGCCACACAUCCAGACCAAAUGGAAGCACCAGGUCUCUGAUAACAGGGACUCCUUCUACGUCAGCCUCUACCCAGAUUUCUCCUCCCUCAGCCGGGCUAUUCUAGACCUGGUCCAUUUCUUCAAGUGGAAGACGGUCACCGUUGUCUAUGACGACAGCACAGGUCUCAUUCGGUUGCAAGAGCUUAUAAAAGCCCCGUCUCGCUACAACAUUCGGCUGAAGAUACGACAGUUGCCGGCAGAGACGAAGGACGCCAAACCGCUGCUGAAGGAGAUGAAGAGAGGGAAAGAGUUCCACGUUAUCUUUGACUGUGGGCAUGAGAUGGCAGCUGGGAUCCUUAAGCAGGCGCUAGCCAUGGGUAUGAUGACGGAGUAUUACCACUACAUCUUUACAACGCUGGAUCUCUUCGCCCUGGAUGUGGAACCGUACCGCUACAGCGGGGUUAACAUGACUGGCUUCCGGAUCCUCAACACCGAGAACACACAGGUGUCCUCUAUCAUCGAGAAGUGGUCCAUGGAGAGGCUUCAGGCGCCCCCGAAACCCGACUCGGGCCUGCUAGACGGGUUCAUGACGACAGACGCGGCUCUCAUGUACGAUGCUGUCCACAUCGUCGCUGUGGCAGUCCAGCAGUCCCAGCAGAUCACGGUCAGUUCCCUGCAGUGCAACCGCCACAAGCCUUGGCGUUUCGGCAAUCGCUUCAUGGCGCUGAUCAAAGAGGCCCACUGGGAAGGCUUGACAGGACGGAUAACUUUCAACAAAACCAACGGCCUGAGGACCGAUUUUGACUUGGACGUGAUCAGCCUGAAAGAGGAGGGACUUGAGAAGAUUGGAACAUGGGACCCCCCGAGUGGCCUGAACAUGACUGAGAACCAGAAGGGCAAGUCUACCAACGUCACCGAUUCCUUAUCCAACAGGUCACUGGUUGUGUCCACCAUUCUGGAGGAGCCCUAUGUCAUGUUCAAGAAGUCAGACAAGCCUCUGUAUGGCAACGAUCGUUUUGAAGGCUACUGCAUUGACCUCCUGCGUGAGCUUGCUAACAUACUGGGCUUCAGCUACGAAGUGCGCCUGGUUGAGGAUGGCAAGUACGGCGCACAGGAGGAAACCACUGGUCAGUGGAACGGCAUCGUCAAGGAGCUCAUGGACCACAAAGCUGACCUUGCAGUGGCUCCUUUGGCUAUUACCUACGUGAGGGAGAAGGUCAUCGACUUCUCCAAACCCUUCAUGACACUGGGGAUAAGUAUUUUGUACCGGAAGCCCAAUGGUACAAACCCCGGAGUUUUCUCCUUCCUCAACCCGCUCUCGCCUGAUAUCUGGAUGUAUAUUCUGCUGGCUUACUUGGGUGUCAGUUGUGUGCUGUUUGUCAUAGCCAGGUUUAGUCCCUAUGAGUGGUAUAACCCUCAUCCCUGCAACCCAGACUCUGACGUGGUGGAAAACAAUUUCACGUUGCUAAAUAGUUUCUGGUUCGGAGUUGGAGCUCUCAUGCAGCAAGGUUCAGAGCUGAUGCCCAAAGCCCUCUCCACCAGGAUAGUGGGGGGCAUCUGGUGGUUUUUCACUCUCAUCAUCAUUUCUUCCUACACCGCUAACCUCGCAGCCUUCCUCACCGUGGAGCGCAUGGAGUCGCCCAUCGACUCCGCCGACGACCUCGCCAAGCAGACCAAGAUCGAGUAUGGUGUGGUGGAAGAUGGCUCCACCAUGACCUUCUUUAAGAAAACCAAGAUCUCAACCUACGACAAAAUGUGGGAGUUCAUGAGCAGUCGCAGGCACUCAGUGAUGGUGAAGAACGUGGAGGAGGGCAUCCAGCGAGUGCUAACAUCCGACUAUGCCUUCCUCAUGGAGUCCACCACCAUCGAGUUCGUCACGCAGCGCAACUGCAACCUGACACAGAUUGGCGGUCUCAUCGACUCCAAGGCCUACGGGGUGGGCACGCCCAUGGGCUCUCCAUACCGGGACAAGAUCACCAUCGCCAUCCUGCAGCUGCAGGAGGAGGGGAAGCUGCACAUGAUGAAGGAAAAGUGGUGGCGAGGCAAUGGCUGCCCAGAGGAGGAGAGCAAGGAGGCGAGCGCCCUGGGCGUGCAGAACAUCGGCGGCAUCUUCAUCGUGCUGGCCGCUGGCCUCGUCCUCUCUGUGUUUGUGGCCGUCGGCGAGUUCUUGUAUAAGUCCAAACAAAAUGCACAACUCGAAAAGAGGUCCUUCUGCAGUGCCAUGGUGGACGAGCUCCGCGUGUCACUCAAGUGUCAACGGCGGCUGAAACACAAGCCCCAGGCUCCCGUCAUGGUCAAAACCGAGGAGGUCAUCAACAUGCACACAUUCAACGACAGGAGACUGCCCGGCAAGGAAACCAUGGCGUAAAGAAUUGUAGUAAUAAGACAACACGCCAUUUUGCUUUUGUUCGGUGAUGGAAACGGGGACCGGGGGGUGGGAUUAUGGGGGGUAGCUGGCUGAGUUUGGGGAAAGGAAAUGGGUGAAUGCCUGGAGCACAGACUGUCAUCAUUGUUCAAAACAAUUUGCCAGAAAAGAAAAAUGUUUCCUGUGGAAAUAUUCAAACCCGGGCAAAAUCCAAUGAGUUACCUCAUAAAUCUGACACUUGGGAGCUUGUGCAGCAAAAUUCAGAAAAUAAAAUGUAAAAAAAAAGAUAAUAUUACAAAAAGACUCUGAUGGUUUGGAGCAGAGUUAAGGGAUGUGUAUUUGCAUUUGAGUUUAAUGGGCAUUGUCUCAGUUUAACUGUCCUUUCUUUGGAAUUUCAAUGUAAAUCUGAGUUCUCUAGAGAACACAACUAUUGCGUUUCAUGAACACAAUAUGCAUUACACACGUAUACAGUAUAAAACUGGAAAAACAAGUAGUACGUGGACUGCAAGGGAAUAUGUGGUGUUCUUGUUUGACGUUUUCUAUGACCUUAUGUUUUCUAACCUUUAUAAUUGAUAUAAUAAAAUGUAGUACAAAAGUUUGGUUCAAAAAUAUUUGGGGGAAAAAUCCCAGCAACAUAAACCAAAAAUGAUAAGUUGCAAGUCCUAAAGUACAAUUGAUCUGAAAAAGCAGAGAGGAAAUACCAUCCUACCCGCAAUAAGUUAUUAAAAGGUGUCGAGAUUAUAAAAUACUGGCUGAGAUAUAUACGUAAUAUAUAAUCUGUCUUUUUUAAGUAUUUGAUGGUAGAGUAUCAGGCUGCUGUUGGACCUUGAGAGGAUCGAUGAGCUGCACCCAAAGACAGGCAUUGAGACCCAUCGUCACUUGAGAAACCGUGACCCUCCCCCCCCCCCACAACUGGAAUGUAGAUCCUGGGGGCUAAAGCAAACUACCAGCUACUAGAAACGAGACAGCUGUAUUUAUUUACUUAUUAUUUUAAUUUAUUAAUUUGCUUGUUUAUCAUUUUAUGCGCGUCAUUAAGACUCAAAAUUGUGAGGAUUCACCUCAAAUAAAAUUGCCGGUUUCCGUUCAUUUUUAUAUAUAU